UCAUAACCCUGCUAUCCUUCCACAACAGAAUUCAGAAAGAAAAGAGAGAGAUGGACCAUGAUCAUGGAAUGCAUGGUGAUGGUGGUAUGAUGGGUGGUGGAGGCAUGCCAUCCAAAGGGCCAGGCAUGCACAGGCAUCACAUGAUGAUGCACAUGACCUUCUUCUGGGGAAAGAAUGCCGAAAUUCUAUUUUCGGGAUGGCCCGGCACGAAACUGGGCAUGUAUAUACUGGCGUUGAUCGUCGUCUUCGUGUUUUCUGUCCUCGUUGAGUGGCUAUCUCACUGCCGUCUGAUCAAACCAGGUAGGGCCCACGUCGUGGCCGGAAUCAUGCAGACCGUCCUCCACGCGGCACGUGUGGGGCUCGCCUACCUCGUCAUGCUCGCCGUCAUGUCGUUCAACGGCGGUGUGCUCAUUGCCGCCAUCGCCGGUCACUCGUUGGGGUUUCUCCUCUUCGGGAGCCGGCUGUUUCACCGAUCGACCGUCGCUGAAGCUCCACCGUCCGAUCUUCCUCCCAUGAAGUGUUGAAUGGUUAUGAUGAUCUUUUGCUGGGUAUGAUUAUGAUUGUAAAAGAGAGAUUAUCUAUGAGAGAUUUAAGGAUUGGAUUAUACUGGUAAUAUUAGAUAUUAGAGA